AUGACUCCGCCUCACGUGGAAGAUGACAAGCUAGCUAGCGCUGCGGAGUCCGAACCAGCUGUUGCUUCUGCGUCGACAUCUGCUGGAGCUGUUGCACCAAAGACCGUCGCUGGCCUCUCUGCUCCGAAACCAACCGCUAGCCACGACCAGACUGAUGGCGAGCCACCCGCUCAGCGGGUAAAACUUGAACCCAGCAUUGAAAGCAGCUAG